UUCUGGAAAGAAGCCAUUGAAGGAUAAGAUGUCCAGCCUUGAAAAUCACAUAAAACGGCCAAUGAACGCGUUUAUGAUAUGGUCUAGUCGCAAACGACGAGAAUUAGCGCGUGAAAACCCCAAACUUCAUAACUCGCAAAUCAGCAAGAUUCUUGGCUCUGAGUGGAGAAAACUCACCGAGGAGGAAAAACAAAAAUUUUUCGCUCAAGCCAAGCUACUGAGCGAGCUUCACAUGAUAGAACACCCUGAUUACAAGUAUAGACCAAAAAGACGCCCCAAGAAAAAGUACUUGAAACACAACUUGAAUCCAGCGUCCUGUUCGUACGGACCGUGUGUAUGCCACGAGUCAUCUGCGGCGCCGCAAGAGGACGAUCAGCUGGGGAAAAAUCCUGAACAUUUCAAUGGAAAUGAAGAUUUUAAAAAUGGUAAAGUCCCCAUUAAGAAGGAAGAAACUGAAAACGAAGACGAAGCUUGUCCUCCCGAUUCGCGACCAGAAAGCGUUCCGAGCAAAGAGGAAAAUUUUGAUGACUUCCCCUCGCAUGUAAAGUUGAGAUCCUCGUCAUAUUUGCGCAAAGAUAACUGUAAGGCAAGCAGAAGCAUGACCGGUCAGGAGGAGAUUCAUCAUCCGGGAUUCACGGAUGACUUAAGUUUCCGAGAGCAUCGAGUGCCGUUGCCGAGAAGUUGCCGUUCCAUGUCAUUUCACUCAGCACUAUUUCAAAAUCAAUGCCACUUUUUGCAAAAUCACAUCCCCAGCGAGAGAGAAGCAGUGCAGAUACUUCCCUACCACGCUCCUGUUAGGUGCAGCUGCUGCCUUCCUCCAGAAGGGCUUUCUACCGAAAAUGAAUUUUCGCAUGGACCACACGAUAUGCCAUAUGUUCUUGUUGACCCAAAAAAUCGAUACUUUUACGAAGCAAGAUGGUGCAAAAAUGUACAUUAAGAUUGUUAAAAACUGCUUUUAGAUCUUGCUGAUAUAACUGUCCAUGCAAUAACCUGAUUUAGUAUCUCUCGGUUCGCGCUGUUUUGUUUCCCACUCGUUUGUUAAUAGUCCUAUUUUUAUUUUAAUUGCGAAAACAUAAAUGCGGCACAUAAGGUCAGUUUUUCUUUCUGCUUAGGAUUGCAGUAAGAUUUUAAAAGGUUCUAGUACAGAUUAAUUAUUCCAAGUUUUUUACAAUACCACAGUACAUCGUUUGGUUUCACCAAAGACUUCCUUUCUGAGAAGAAAAAAAAACCUCCACUUAUCGAUCAGAUUAUAGGACGUUCAUAAUUCGCAGGUUGUAACAUAUAUUUGCCCAUGUUAAAUAGAAAAUACAAUUGAAUAUAUUAUGACCUCAAAGAGAACUUCGAGUACUCUAGA